GCGCUCGCUCCUCAUUCACACCAGAGCACUCACGGCGGCACACGACCUGUGACCACUGCUGCAGGAGGAUAUCCCUGCACGGACAACUUUUCCGUAUACUCGGCCUGCUUUUCAAAGGAUCCUGCUCUUUUGGAUUAUAAAAUUGUAGGACAGAAAGACCGUGCGUAAUAGAAGGGCAACUGCGGCUGCUUUACUUGUUCAAAUAUCCUUUUUUCGAAGGUGAAGGACAAGUGCAAUGCGCUUCCAAGCUCUCUUCAGGGAUUGUCCCACUUGUCCGAGGAGCUAAGAGCUUUCAAGGGAAGCUCGAUGUGAAUUUUUCCCUCAGACUUCAAGCCACUUCAUUUUGAGACUUAAGCAAGUGCACAGAGGAGCCGUACAGCGCGAGCCUCUGGCGCUCUGACAUACAGCUUUCUCUCCCUGAGGGGAUGGUUGUGGAUCCUCUGGAGCGAGGAGCAACUCUUCGGCUCCUACACAUCAGUGCCGUUCUCUUGUUCGUGGUUACAUCCAAAUUAAAGGGAGAUGAGAGCCGCAAUUUGUUGUUUCCUUGUGUGGACCACGUACCUGCUGCUGGCCGGCGCUGAGGAAGUGCAGUUUCCCCAGGAGCUGAUCGACAGACUGGCCAACAGUGAAAUCCACAGCAUCAGCGACCUCCAGCGGCUACUGGACAUUGACUCCGUAGGUACGGGAAACGAUGUCAUCGAGGAGCCCAAGCGUCACAAGCAACAUUUCAUCCAUCAUAAAAACUAUUCCCAUCACCAUGGUUAUUACAGCGACCUGAAGAGCUCCCAGCUUCACAGUCGACGCAAAAGAAGCAUUGUUGAAGAGGCAGUUCCGGCGGUGUGUAAGACCCGGACAGUUAUCUAUGAAAUCCCCAGGAGCCAGGUGGACCCCACAGCGGCCAACUUUCUGAUCUGGCCCCCCUGCGUGGAGGUGAAGAGGUGCACGGGCUGCUGCAACACUAGUAACAUGCGCUGCCAUCCUUCACGCAAGCACCACCGCACAGUCAAGGUGGCCAAAGUGGAGUACGUGAGGAGAAGACCCAAACUGAAAGAGGUCUUUGUCCGGUUAGAAGAUCACCUGGAGUGUGUGUGCACGUCGCAGCAUCACGUCAUGGAGCACUCAGAAGCAGAAACAGGCCCUCGUAGGGUUAAGAGUAAAAAGAGGAAAAAUAAAAAGCUAAAGGCCAGCAAAGACUUAUUUGCAACUUAAUAAAAGUUGUUGCCCAAAGUCCACUGGAGUGCUGUAAGGGGAACAGAGGACGUAAGGUGAGACCAAUCAGAAAGAGCUUCGGCAUCGGUGCGCUCCCCAGAAGAGGAUGGGAGAGCAUGUGUCUUCUCCCGUACCACCGUGCCACCUCUGCUUCAAAUCCUGUAAAGCCAAGAGACUAUGAAAUAGAAAUCCAGAAGAUGCCAAAGGUGCUUUUUUAAAUAACAAAAACUAUGAUGAGGACUUCCUUGUGCUAUGGGCCACUGUUACAGUCAGCUGCGCCGGCGGAAGCAACAGAGAGUGGAGCUGUGAGCUGAACACACAAUGAGAGCCAGUCUGGACAUUUUAACAGACUUCUUUUGAACAAGACAGCGGAUCUAGAGGAAAAUGUGGGAAUGUGUUGCUUGGAUUGGGACACAGUGGUGGACAACCUCCAACUGGGCAACAUAAAAGUGCUGUUUUAAAGACUUGAACAGAACAAAAGAAUAUAACAAGAGAACUGUGGGAGAGAUGUUUUGUUUUAAAGACUCUCUGUGGAGCGCUAAACACUUCCUGAAAACAGCAGCAGCCUUUGAUAGUCGCUUGUGCUCUGUUCAGCUAAAUCUAAAAUAAAACAGAAGAUGCACCGCUUCUUAUAAACUAUUUAUAUGUGUGGACAUGUGUAUUUUGUCUGUUUCAGUACAAGCGAAAAAGUGAGAUGUAAGAUUUUUGGAGAUGUGCAUGAACUUCAGUGUGCUCUACUUCUCUGCAAUGUCACAAUCUGAAAAGUGUCAUUUUUUAUCCUGUUUCUUAUUGUAUUACACUAAUGAGCGAUGAACUGAUGUCCAGAGUUGUAAAUGGUUUGGAUGUGUGACACAAGUAGGAGAUGUGAGUGUCAGGAAGAUGCUUUAUUUUUGUUAUAAAAUAUAUUAUGCUUACUAAUAUCUGUAAACAAUUGUUCUCUUUUGUCACACUUCAGUUCAGUGCAUUGGCCAUUUGUAGUCUUUAAACCACAUUGGAAUUAUGCAAAUCCAAAAAUAUCUACAACUCAAUGCACGCAAGUUAAAGGGGUACUAUGCAACUUUUCUCAUCAUCAUGUAAAUGUUAUUACUUUGCCUGAGAUGUUCCACUGUAUUGUUGUGACCUGUAUAUCUUUAACAGCUGUUUUCAUUGUCAAAACUACUUGGUUUGGUCAUUUCCAUGGUGAUCGCUAGGGUUUAUGUCAAUUUGUGGAACAUUUCAGGCAAACCAGCAUCAUCCCCAUGAAGAAAAGAAGGUUUUGUAAUCUCCACUUAAAAGCCUAUGUACAUAUAGUACCCCUUUAAAUUGCGGUUUAUUGAAGCGACCAUUCGCAGCAUGUACGACCGAAGGGGAAGACGUGUCCAUUCAUUCCAUAUCACAAAGAUUGCCGCACGCCCUGUUUUGCUGCCACACAUGAGGUGCCCACCGAGAGCAAAGUUCACCUCCACUGAACUCAACGAGUGAAUGAGUGAACCUGGAAUGAAUGAGUGUCUUGUUUAGUCAGUCUUAGCUCAUGCGCUGACAGGAGAACACUGAUCACUCCACCCUUUGAAGGAACUCACACCUAUGCAGCCCCAUACAAGCAGAUAUAGUACAUACAAGUGUGUGUGUUUAGGUGCAACUUGAACUAAUGCCCCAAUGAAACCAACAAUCACUUCCUGUAGUUCCAGAUGAAUGUGUAACUGGGCCCUUUCCGAAAACAAGAGUGAGUCAAGCGAAAGUCAAAUGAGGAACUGGCUUUUUCAACUGCCGUCCAUAAGCGUCUGUGAAUACUGGUGCUAAUAUACCUUCUUUAUUCUAUUAUCACAGCAAAACAUUGGCUCCCUAUGUGCAGUAGUUAAAAAUAUUCUGUAUGUUUUAAGCCGGAUGCCCUUCCUGAUGCCACUCUUUAAAGCUACUGUAAACCGGCUUGGAAACGGACCCUGGUGCUAGGAUCGUAACCCAUUUCACUCAUGUUUUAGUUUUCUCAGUGAAAGAGGGACCAUACAACAGUAACUUUACUACUUUUCUUUUUGAUC